UUAUCAUCUGACGGACAUAACGGUAGGCCACCCUACGCAUAGCUGGAAACUGGAAAACCAUUCGCUGGGUCUGUUCGCCACACACAGACACCCGUUCCGAAACGUUGCCGUUACAAAGGCCUACUAUCACGAGUGGUGACUACUUUUUCCGUCGACGUUGAUGUCGCUUCUUCCUCGGUAGAGAGUCGUUAUUUUUCUUAUAUUGAAUCGAGAGCUUAUCGGAAGACAAGAUGGCAGAGAUGGGGAUGGGGAAGGGGGUUACUGCGGGGAAACUUGCCAGUAACGUGCAGAAAAAAUUAACACGGGCCCAAGAGAAGGUAAUGCAGAAGUUGGGUAAAGCAGAUGAGACCAGAGAUGUUGCAUUUGAGGAAGGAGUGAUCAACUUCAACAAACAAUAUACAGAGGGAUCCAAACUGCAAAAAGACCUUAGAGCCUACCUGGCUGCAGUACAAACGAUGCACGAAUCCUCCAAGAACCUUCAGGAGUGUCUGUCUGACAUGUACGAGCCGGAGUGGUACGGCAAAGAUGACUUGGACUCCAUCGUUGAGGACACUGAUGUUCUGUGGACCGACUUCCAUCAGAAGCUGGUGGAUAAUGCUUUGAUAUCUAUGGACACGUAUCUUGGACAGUUCCCUGAUAUUAAGUCUCGUAUUGCAAAGCGUGACAGGAAGCUUGUGGACUACGACAGCGCCAGACACAACCACUCUUCUACCAAUAAGGGGAAGAAAGGAAAGGACGGGGGCAUCAAGAUCACCAAGCCAGCAUCUCUGUUGGAAAGGGCCACACCAGUUUGGGCUCAGGGCAUCCUGUCAGCCCACAACAUUGCUCAGAGUAACCUCUCCAGGAACCAGGCGGAGGACGAGUUGGAGAGAGCUCAGAAGGUGUUCGAGGAGAUUAAUGAAGAUCUGCAGGAGGAACUGCCCUCACUAUGGAACAGCCGAGUUGGCUUCUACAUUAGCACCUUCCAGAGUAUGUCUGGCUUUGAGGAGAAGUUCCACAAGGAGAUGGGGAAGCUCGACCAGAAUCUGUACGAUAUUCUUGUCAAACUGGAGAAACAGGACAUGUCUGGUGAGCUCCCCAGAGGAGCAGAUCCAGCCAAUCACACUCUGAGUCCAGGCGGACCACCACCCAUCCCUAAGUCCCCCUCUAAGCUGAGACCAGCGAUGCCGCCGCGGCCUGAAUCCAGCCCCUGUCGGGACAUGAAACCAGAAAACAUCAUUAACCUGUUUGAUGCUGCUGCUGCUCCUAACAUCAGUGUUACGUCCCCAACACAGUUUGACAGCCCUGCAGGGGCCAACCUGUUGGACAUGGACCUGUCCAUCCUGGCUGCACCAAGUCAUGGUGGCACAGCCGUGUCCUCAGCCUCUCAGGCGGUAUCAUGGGACACAUGGGAGGCUGACACACUUACGACUUCUGCAGCCCCUACAGCUGCAGCCCCUACACCUGCAGCCGCAGCACCAGAAGAGACCCCUGUUGUGGCAGCAGCAGCAACCAACGGGGAUUCAGAGGCGGUAGAAAUGCCUCCAGGAUUCCUCUUCAAAGUGACCACCAUGCAUGACUAUGCCGCUAAUGACUCAGAUGAGCUGGAGAUGAAGGCUGGAGACAUAGUGCUGGUUGUGGCCUUCGACAACCCAGAAGAACAGGACGAGGGCUGGCUGAUGGGGAUGAAGCAGGAAGACUGGAUCCAGAAUAAACAGAGCUCGCUCAAAGGGGUGUUCCCCGAGAACUUCACCUCCAGGCUGUGAGAGAGGAGACGCCAUAUUUAUUCUCCUCUGACUUCUCUCUCGUCCACAAGAUCCUUUAUUCUCUUCCCUCCCUCCCUCCCUCCCUCCC